UCAGAAACUCCAAAAAGAAAAAGAUUCAUCUCAACAACUGAAUCUUACUGAUUUUCAAUCCUGAUUCAUCCAAAUCUGUAAAUCCGUAUCCAAAUUCCUCCGCAAAAUCCACCAAUCCCUCAAUUCCUUUUCUGUAUAAGAAAUCUCAAUCACUCUCCACUAAUGGGAUACACUAAUCAAGAUCAAAAUCAAAAUCUAAUUCUCGACGACCUAACAUCUCCCCUCACCAUGACCACCCCCUCCGCCGCCGCCGCCGCCGGAGAAAAAUCCUACUGGCGGUUCAGCAAGCACGACUUCUUCCCGGAGCCUUCCUUCCAGAGCUUCUCCGCCUACCUCUCCGCCCUCUCCGCCACCCCCCGCCGCCUCCGCGACCGCCUCCUCGGCCGCGCCUCCGAAUCCGGCGAGCUCAUCGAGGCGAAGAAGCAAUCCGAGCACGAGAUGAAGAAGUGCCUCACUUGGUGGGACCUCAUCUGGCUCGGAUUUGGCUCCGUCGUCGGCUCCGGCAUCUUCAGCAUCACCGGAUUCGAGACGCGCGACACCGCAGGCCCCGCGAUCGUCGCCUCCUACGCCGUCUCCGGCCUCUCUGCGCUCCUCUCCGUCUUCUGCUACACCGAAUUCGCCGUCGAGAUCCCCAUCGCCGGCGGAUCCUUCUCCUUCCUCCGCAUCGAAUUAGGGGAUUUCAUCGCGUUCAUCGCCGCCGGCAACAUUUUGCUCGAAGGACUCGUCGGCGCCGCCGGAUUAGGCCGAUCCUGGUCCUCCUAUCUAGCUAGCAUCUUCAGUAAUAACCCUGAAUUCCUCCGAUUUAGGGUUAAUUUCUUCGCUGAGGGCUUCAAUGUGCUAGAUCCCCUUGCUGUGUUAAUUCUGCUAAUUGUUAACGGAAUUGCCAUGACCGGAACGAAGCAUUCAUCAAUUCUAAACUGGAUUAGCUCAAUUUUCAGCGCUGCGGUGAUUGUUUUCAUCAUCAUCUUCGGAUUCAUCAAUGGCAGCACCGACAAUUUAUCCCCCUUUCUCCCCUACGGCGCGGAGGGGGUUUUCACUGCGGCAGCCGUCGUCUACUGGUCCUACACCGGUUUCGACAUGGUGGCGAACAUGGCGGAGGAGGUGAAGAAGCCGACGAGGGAUAUCCCGAUCGGAUUAGUCGGAUCCAUGUCUUUAAUCACGGUUGUUUACUGCUUGAUGUCGCUUGUGUUGGUGAUGAUGGUGCAAUACACGGAUGUCGACCGGAACGCGCCUUACUCGGUCGUUUUCGACCAAAUCGGGUUCAAAUGGGCGAAGUAUCUCGUCAGCAUUGUCGCGUUGAAAGGGAUGACGACGAGCUUGCUCGUCGGCUCAAUGGGGCAAGCUCGUUACACCACUCAGAUCGCACGAUCGCACAUGAUCCCGCCUUUCUUCGCCUUGAUCCACCCAAAAACCGGCACCCCUAUUUACGCCACGCUCCUCACGACGUUGGUGAGCAGCGUGCUCGCCCUGUUCACGAGCCUAGACGUGCUCUCGAGCGUGCUUUCGUUCAGCACGCUCUUCAUCUUCAUGCUCAUGGCCGUGGCAUUGCUCGUGAGGCGGUACUACGUCAAGGAUGUGACCCCAAGGCACGACGCGGUCAAAUUUGGCGCGGCCUUGUUAGUUAUCCUUGGUUCGUCUCUCGGGAUUACGCUCCUCUGGAGCUCGGGGGAGAGGGGUUUCGUGGGGUAUGUUGUGUGUGGGGGUUUGUGGGCGUUGGGGACGGCCGGGAUGGCGUUGACGUCGCAGCAUAGGAGCGCGAAGGUGUGGGGCGUACCUCUCGUCCCGUGGCUGCCGUCCCUGUCGAUUGUGAUGAAUAUUUUCCUCAUCGGGUCGCUCGGGGCAACUGCGAUAUGGCGGUUCUUGAUAUGUAGCGUGGUGAUGGUGGUUUACUAUGUGUUGGUGGGAGUUCAUACUACUUAUGAUGUUGCUCAUUUGGAGGAAUGGAUGAAUAAGAGCUGAAAAUGGGAGAAGAUGGAGAUGGGAUUGUAGGUAUUGAUAUUGAUUUCAAUUUUUGGUAUUUGUAAAUAUUGGUGUUUAGAUAUUUAUACUCAAUUUUUUGGUAUGAAUUGUUUUUUGUGUUUCUCUCAUUUUCUCAAGUAAUUUCAAGAAUAUCAAUUGUACAAUGUAACUACUCUGUUUUUGUUCA